AAAAAUAUAGCAGAGAUUAUUAGCCGUGACAUACGGCCUGGAUGUACGGCCGAGGAUAUUAAGAGGAAGAUAAAUGGCCUCCGUACUAGCUACUCGUACGAGAAAGCAAAAAUGCAUAAAAGCAAAAGUGGAGCCAGUGCGCAGGCGGCGUAUACACCACAAGUGUACUGGUUCCAGAUGCUGAAAUUUCUCGACCAGUCAACAGAGGCCGACGAGAGUGUGUGCAAUAUGGAGAGCACGGAAAGUGAAACUGGAAGUAAACGUGCCACACCGACGUUUGAGGAAAUGUUUGCGCAUGAGAUGCAAGAGCCUGUCGCAUGUAGCGAGGCUCAGCCACAGCCCCUGCGUCAAGAGCGGCCUCCCACUAAAAGGAGGAGAGUCACGCCAGACGUGGUAACAAACGUCAUGGUGGAGGCCAGCAGGACACUUCAGGCUAUGGCUGAUGCUGCCAGAUCCAUGCCUGUCCAUGAAGACCUCUACACACGCAUAACUGGUGGAUCAGUCUGCCCUGGUGUUGGUGUUACUCCAGAAGAUGCAGUGCCCCAACAACUGAUAAUGGAGUAUCUGGCGCCCAUCACCACAUCACCACCAGAAAUCCUCCCACCUCUCCGAAAUCAUCUUUAUAGCCAAGGGUUUCUGGACUGCGCUCGCAGCUUUCCACCUGUUUGA